UAAGUUUUUCUCUUUAAUAGGCUGAGGCCUGAUUUCCCGUCAUUGUGCAGACCCCCUUCCCUUACAGGAAUGGACACUCCACCCCGACACUGAAAAAGUCCUGAUUCUCUGCAGCCUCGCACACAAAUCUAAUACACUCCGACAGAAUUUACUCUUAUUACAGGAGAUAAUGGGGAUUCCCAGUCUGUGGCUGCUGGUGUCUCUUUGUGUCCUCCCGAAGUUCACGCAGGGUCAGAACUUCAUGAUCAGAAACACCCAGUUAGACAAGUGUAUCCACGCGGCUGAUGACACCGGCAGGGUCUCGCUGGCCAAGUGUAAAGUUAACUCCCAUCACCAGUACUGGGCCUGGGACGUGGGCACCAACUCCAUCGUCAACGUCGUCAGUAAGAAGUGCCUGACAGUGAUGAAAUCCCACAACCUUCAUACCCUGAAGACGGAAUCUUGUGAGGGAAGUAAGAACCAGGCCUGGACAUGUGACCAGAGGGGCUCCCUGAUGCUCUAUGCCCAAAACUUACAUUUGACUGCCAAGCAAGGGACCAAAAAAGUCUUCAUGUCAAGUGCGAUGGAUAAAUUCAGCAAAUGGAAAACGCUGCUGGAUUCACCGAUUUGUGGAGAUGGUCAGACUGUAAGGAGCGUCACCCCGACAUCUCACCUGGUAGAAAGUACCAAAAAACAUCUAGAAGAAGCAACAACUGUAUCUUAUGAAACAACAUCCAGAAACAUCACAGAUGGAAUAAAAACGUCCCCCCGUCUGCCAUACCUCAGUGAGAGGACCACAGCCGUGUCCAUUCCUGGAGAUGCCUCCACCACAGAUAUUGGUGAUCAGCAGUUGGUCAGUUCCUGGGACACAUUGACUGAAAGAAUCUACGUCCUGGAGGAAGAUGGCAGUGGAUGGAGAACGGCCAUGUUGAUCCUGAGCCCCUUCACCUUCAUACUGGGGGUGAUCAUCCUAGUACUGAAUGUCCGUGUCAACAGGAAAAGAAGACUUUUAUCUGCAUUGCCAAACCAUGGCAAACCUCACCAUAAGUUAGGUUCCGCCUAUGAGCAAUCCCCUUUAACCGGCAAGGUGGACCAGUCUGACUAUCCGGGUUCAGAUACCCCGACCCUGAGACACGGAGAGAUCCUGAUAGAGUGGAAGGACGGGACAAUCACUCCUCUCUAUGACCAUCAGUAACAGCCAAUAGAAAACCUAGGAGUAUAUGAAUGUACGUAGCAUGACCAAACCAUGCCUGACUGGAGAACCGGACCCCCCGUGAUCUAAAACUUAUCCCCUA